ACAGAAGGAGGAAAGUCAGCAGACCCGACAGCCGACAGUCACAGCAGCUCUGACAAGAGCGUUCCUGGAGCCCGAGCUCCUCUCCACAGAGGACAAGCAGGCAGCAGAGACCAUGGGCCCCCCCUCAGCCGCUCCCCAUGGAGGGCACAGGCCCUGGCAGGGGCUCCUGAUCACAGCCUCACUUUUAACCUUCUGGGACCCGCCCACCACUGUCCAGUUCACUAUUGAAGCCCUGCCGUCCAGUGCUGCAGAGGGAAAGGAUGUUAUUCUACUGGCCUGCAAUAUUUCAGAAACUAUUCAAGCCUAUUAUUGGCACAAGGGGAAAACGGCAGAAGGGAGCCCUCUCAUUGCUGGUUAUAUAACAGAUAUUCAAGCAAAUAUCCCAGGGGCCGCAUACAGUGGUCGAGAGACAGUAUACCCCAAUGGAUCACUGCUGUUCCAAAACAUCACCCUGGAGGACGCAGGAUCCUACACCCUACGAACCAUAAAUGCCAGUUACGACUCUGACCAAGCAACUGGCCAGCUCCACGUACACCAAAACAACGUCCCAGGCCUUCCUGCGGGGGCCGUCGCUGGCAUCGUGACUGGGGUCCUGGUUGGGGUGGCUCUGGUGGCCGCCCUGGUGUGUUUUCUGCUCCUCUCCAGGACUGGAAGGGCCAGCAUCCAGCGUGACCUCAGGGAGCAGCCGCCCCCAGCCUCCACCCCAGGCCAUGGUCCCUCUCACAGAUCCACCUUCUCGGCCCCUCUACCCAGCCCCAGAACAGCCACUCCCAUCUAUGAGGUGAGUGUGGGCCAUGGAUGUUCUGGUCCCGCAGGCUCCAGGGGACCCAGGAUCUGCCCCCACCAGCACCUGGCUGAGCUCUGAGAUUCAGGAAAAUGCAGUGAAAAUGAGAACAGGGGGUGGUGAGCAGAGGAGGGAGGGGCCUGGGAACAGGGACCCCCUGAGCACAGCCAGGUUCAGCCCCAGAGCAGCCCUGGGUGGUCCCAGAGCCUGGGAGAUGCCAGACACUGUUCUGAGAAGGCCACAGGGGUUGAGGCCUCUUUUCUGUUUUUACAGGAAUUGCUAUACUCUGACGCAAACAUUUACUGCCAGAUCGACCACAAAGCAGAUGUGGUCUCUUAGGUUCCUCCAGGAACUGCUCCUGUGGGUUGAUGGAGGUACUCAAAGACUCCAGCCCUGGGGACGGGAAAGACAUGAAGCCUGAGCCAGAGAACCAGCUCUGAGUUCUGAGAAGACACUGGCCUGGGGACAGGGAGGGAUGGGAGUCCCUGCUGAAUAUCUGGAGACCCCGACAGGUUGCCCUGAGCUCUGGGUGGGCAGGGACAAAGGCCUCUCAUCACCACAGGAAGCGGGGGCUUUCAGGGAAAGUGAAUGGGCCUGUGGCCCACCCGGGGUCACCAGGAAAGGAUCUGAAUAAAGAGGACCCUUCCUCUCA